AGUGCAGCGCGGAGUAUAACAGCGCGAGCUGCGCGAGUUAGGCUGUCCAGCGCUGUCCUGCAGCCAUGGACCGGACGAUGUACGGCAAGGUGGCGCCGGGCGACCUCCAGCGGCCCUACCGGAUAGCUAUGGAGAACGGGUGUGAAAAACCUGGCUACGCCCUGCUGGCCGACCUGCAGAACACCAUCACGCCCCCCGCGCCGCCGCCGCCCCAGUCCCCUACGGGCUACGGCUCGCUCAACGGGGCGCCGUCGCGGUACUCGCCCGCGCCCCAGUCGCCCACCUACCAGAACCAGUCGAUGCUGAACGAGAUGACGACCACCAAAAGCUACUCGUCGACCACCAAGGGCAGCGCGCUCAACAACAACCUCUCGGAGCUGGACACGCUGCUGCAGGACCUGAGCAACGCGAGGUACUCGGGCUCCACCACCACCACGACCAUGGAGAGGGUUAGCGACACCGCCAACGGUACGGAGCCGCACGUGAAGACGACGCGGACGGUGAGCAAUGCUCGGCCCUCCGUCGACAGCUUGCUGGACGAGCUGAGCACCGUCGUCCCCAACGGUGACCUUCCCGACGGACACAAACUCUUGGUGAAGAAGGUGGUGUACGAGCGGGAGACUCAAAAGGCCCAGGCAGUACCUAGCGCGUCCACCGCCACCCGGGAGCUGGAUGACCUCAUGGCCUCGUUGUCCGACUUCAAGUGGCUAAAUGAGUAUUUCGCACUAUUAGUUCGGACAAUCGAGACCAUUACUGCCAUGAUGCGGAGAAUCAAGGCGAACAACCUCCAGCACCAACAGGUCAGCGAGUCGCCGUAUGCUAAGCCGACCAAAGCCAAGCAGACCCAGUCGGCUCCACCCAAGCAGAACCUCGACCACAUGCUCGGCAACCUCCACGCAGACAUGAGUCGCCAGGGAGUCAACACGACCCAGAAGGGAUGCUGCCACGCCUGCGAGAAGCCCAUCGUCGGCCAGGUCAUCACCGCCCUGGGCAAGACGUGGCACCCGGAGCACUUCACGUGCAACCACUGCAACCAGGAGCUGGGCACGCGCAACUUCUUCGAGCGCGACGGCCGCCCCUACUGCGAGCCCGACUACCACAACCUGUUCUCUCCCCGCUGCGCCUACUGCAACGGCCCCAUCCUGGACAAAUGCGUGACGGCCCUGGAAAAGACCUGGCACACGGAGCACUUCUUCUGCGCCCAGUGCGGCAAGCAGUUCGGCGAGGACGGCUUCCACGAGCGGGACGGCAAGCCCUACUGCCGGGACGACUACUUCGACAUGUUCGCCCCCAAGUGCGGCGGCUGCAACAGGCCCAUCAUGGAGAACUACAUCUCGGCCCUCAACAGCCAGUGGCACGCUGACUGCUUCGUCUGCAGGGAUUGUCGGCAGCCAUUCCAUGGAGGUUCAUUCUUUGACCAUGAGGGCCUUCCCUACUGUGAAACACACUACCAUGCCAAGCGAGGAUCCUUAUGUGCCGGAUGUCACAAGCCUAUAACAGGGCGAUGCAUCACCGCUAUGUUCCGGAAAUUCCAUCCCGAACACUUUGUUUGUGCAUUCUGCUUAAAACAACUUAAUAAGGGAACUUUCAAAGAACAAAAUGAUAAACCAUAUUGCCAUGGCUGCUUUGAAAAACUGUUUGGAUAAUCUGUUGAACUUAGUGAACUGUAUGUGCCUUCAUUCCUGCCAGAAAUUCAUUGGCAAAAUGCUGAUUUUGCACACCAUUGUAACCUCUGUGAGGUGUUAAAAAUAAAAUAUCUGUGGUGCUUUAUAAAAUGAAAUGACAGUACAUGCACAGCUAAAAUUUAGUUAGAGCAAGUCACGGCUCUAACCGUUUUCUCUCUCUGGUCUUCAAUUUCUAUCUGACCUGCUGAAGGAUAAAACUUGCCUUAAGAAGGAAGGUAAUACAGCUCAACAUUGUACUCCCACUCUCAUCUCUUAUAUGAAUCUUGUGCUUUACUGUGACUCUUCUCCGAAGAUUGUCGGUACUUUUUGACUACGGAAUAAACAUUAUCUUAAUAAUUAUUUUUUUUCAAAAAUUUGAACUUAAAAAAAGAAGUGUAUGUAUAGGCUAUAGUUAUAGUUAUGUAAAUGUCACAGUUGUUCUUAUUAUAAGAAGGUGCUGCAAGAGAGGGAGUUCUGAGCACUCAAGUCAUUCAUGUAAUUCUUAUAGUCAAGUAAAGAGUUAAGGCUGCUGCUUAGCAAACUUUUCUUAUUUAUAUCUUAGAAGUUGAAUUUAACUGUUCUUUAAAUUAAUUAAGUGGCAUUUUAAAAUUGUGUUCAAUAGUGCUUUUUCAGCAGACCUAUUUGUUUGAUAUGAAGAUUGUUUAUCAGUGAUGUUCGCCUCAAUUUUCUAUGGAAAUAUGAAAGUAAUUGCAAUGAAUUAUUUACUGAUGAAAUUUGAUUAGUAAUUGGUUCAUUAUUGGAGGUUCAAGUGGAGACAUUUUGGUGUUGAAUAUUAACACAAUAGUUGUAAUGACAUUGUAGAUGAUGGAAUAGCUAAUCUCAGUAACUCCAUGUGAAAACCAAUCAGUUGUGCAAGGCUUUUCAGCAUCCCUGACGGGACACUUUAGCAAAGCCAUUCCAAACUGAAUGAUUUUAACAUGGAAAUGUCUAUUUCCGAAGUCACAUAAUCAUAUCUAAUCUGGUGACAUUGUAAUAAGAAGUUAGGGAUAAAAAUUUUCACUAUAUCAAGCUUUCUUUUGGUAAAGUGAUGUUUUAAAGCAAUUUUUCAGCCCAGUGAAAUAUUAAUUCUUCUAUUUGUAUUUACAUCAAAUUUUAAAAAUUAAUUUAUAAAAAUAAAUUGAGCUUUACGCAAUUCGUUUUCUUCACUGUUUUUACUUUAUUUUGUAAAGAAUACAUUUUAAACAUAGACGACUCCUAUACAACAGAUUGCUGCUUCUUUCUGUUGCGUGUAGGACAUUUCUGGACAUUAAUGCUGUGUUUUUUUUUAAACACAGUAUUUAUGUCUUCAUAUGAUAUCUAGAUUUUGUUCCCUGUGGUCUUAUAAAUAAUUUAUGCUGCAGAUGCUACAUCACAUUUUGCUACAUAACCCUGUAUUUUAAAAAUCUGUAGAUUUGGUGUUUUUUGUUGAUGAUGUUUUAUGUCUAAUUUUGAAAUGAUCUAUUAAAUUUAUUUUUUAUUAACAUAA